UUCACUUCAUGUACCUCUCAUCACCUAAAAACAUAAUUUCCCUUUCCAGCUUACAGCUUACAGACAAACAUGGAGAAAACUAGCCUCCUCAUUGCUGCUCUACUGAUGUUGCUGACCAAUCCAACAGCUUCCUCAUCGAUGACCAAUUUAACCACAGAUCAAUCUGCACUCCUUGCCUUGAAGCAACACAUAACUUCAGACCCCAACAACAUCUUGGCUGAUAACUGGACCACAGCUACCUCAGUCUGCAACUGGAUUGGGGUCUCUUGUGCUGGUGUCCUCCAACAAAGGGUCACUGCCCUUAACCUCUCUGACAUGGGUCUCACUGCCACCCUCCCUCCACACCUUGGGAACUCUCAUUCCUUUCUCUGCUAAACCUCAGUGUCAACAAUUUCCAUGGCCAAAUACCCAAGGAGUUGGCACAUUUGCAUAGGUUGAAGAGAAUGUAUUUUGGGUACAACAACUUUAGUGGAGGGGUACCCUCAUGGUUAGGUUCCUUGCCAGAACUUCAACACUUGCUUCUUGACAACAACAAUUUCACAGGCACCAUCCCUUUGCUGUUGUUCAACGUUUCAAAGCUUGAGCUGUUGAGAUUAGGUUACAAUUCUCUACAAGGGAGUAUUCCACAAGGGAUUGGAAAUCUUUCCAAGUUGGUGUCAUUGGAUUUGAAGUACAACCAGCUUACAGGUUCUUUUCCGUUUGCCAUCUUCAACACUUCGACGUUGCAGUCGGUCGAUCUCACUUCUAACAGCUUGUAUGGUAGUCUCCCGGACGAUAUGUGUGAUCAUGCUUUCAAGUUAGAAGGACUUUACGUUUCUGCGAAUCGGUUGUAUGGGAAAAUUCCAUCCAGUAUAUACAAAUGCAGGAAUCUUCAGUACCUUUCGUUGUCCUUCAAUGAUUUCAACGGCAGCAUUCCGCGAGAAAUCGGCAACUUGACUAUGCUUAAGGAGUUGUAUAUUGGCAGUAACGAAUUCGAAGGUGUAAUUCCUGCAGAGAUGGGUAAUUUUGUCAACUUAGAGAUAUUCAGUGCACCAAGCGGCUCUUUUACCGGAUCCAUUCCAUCUUUUAUCUUCAACAUCUCUUCAUUGAGAAAAAUUGAUUUCAGGAACAAUAGCUUGUCUGGAAGCCUCCCUGCAGACAUUCAUUACGACCUCCCUCUUCUGGAAGAACUGUACCUUACUUCCAAUCAGCUUUCUGGACAUUUUCCUCCUGGAUUAUGGGAGUGCAGAUGGCUUCGAAGGUUGUCGUUGUCGGUUAAUAAGUUCACAGGCAGCAUAUCUAAGAACAUUGGGAACCUUACUUUGCUAAGAGAGUUGUAUAUUGGGGAUAACAACUUGACAGGCACAUUACCUGAAGAGAUCGGUAACCUUAAUCUUGAGAGAUUGAGCAUCCAUGUAGCAAGCUUAACCGGCUCAAUCCCAUUCCAAAUCUUCAACAUGUCAACCCUGAGAAGAAUUGACCUAGCUCAGAAUCAGCUCUCAGGUCAUCUUCCUUUGACCCUUGGCCAAUGGCUGCCCAGUCUUGAACAACUUUAUCUAAGUUACAAUAAACUCAGAGGAGUCAUAACAAGCUCUAUCGGCAAUGCCUCGAAGCUUACAAUCAUAGACAUGUCCGGCAAUGGGUUCAGUGGCUCCAUACCACAUACACUUGGUAAUCUAAGACUCCUUCGGGUAUUCUUUAUAGGUGAGAAUAACCUCACUCGGGAAUCUUCUUCUCGCGAAUUGAGCUUUUUUACUUCCUUAGCAAAUUGCAGACAUUUGGAAAUGCUGGAACUAUCAUAUAAUCAAUUCCACGGUAUGCUUCCAGCUUCACUUGGGAAUCUCUCCACUUCGCUUCAAACGUUGCAUGCGUUUGGAUGCAAUCUUAUGGGGAACAUUCCAAGCGGCAUUGGAAACUUGAGCAGCUUGGAAGUUAUAAGUUUAGAUAACAAUGAGUUGACAGGCUUUAUCCCGCCAACUCUUGGAAAACUAAAAAGCCUCGAACGCUUGUAUCUUGAGCACAAUAGCCUCGGAGGAUCCAUCCCCAAGGAUCUUUGCCAGUGUAUUAAGUUGGGAGACAUAUACCUAAGUGGGAACAAGCUCUAUGGUCCGAUCCCGCCUUGUUUGGGUGAACAAAAACCCCUAAGAUCUCUAUACUUAGACUCCAACAACUUGACUGCCACAAUACCUUUAACCUUGUGGAGCCUUACAGAUCUCAUUGGUCUAAACCUGUCGACGAAUUCUCUAAGUGGCUAUAUACCACCGGAUAUUGGCAAAUUGAAGGUCAUAUCACAGUUAGACUUGUCGUGGAAUCGGUUAUCUGGCGAUAUCCCAAGCACCAUUGGAAGUGCGCAGACAUUAGUCACUCUCUCUUUAGCACAUAAUAAACUACAAGGAACUAUACCUGAGUCACUGGGAAACUUGAUUAACUUGGAAUUCUUGGACCUAUCCAUUAACAAUUUGUCUGGAGGCAUUCCUAAGUCGUUGGAGGAACUACGGUAUCUCCAAUAUUUAAAUCUCUCCUUCAACAGAUUGCGAGGUGAAAUUCCUACUGGAGGAAAUCUUGCAAACUUGACAGCUCAAUCGUUUGUGCAAAAUGCUGGGCUGUGUGGUGCACCUCGAUUUCAAGUCCCUCCGUGCAAAACUAAAAAGCUUCAGCCAUCGAGGACAACGUUGGAUUUACUGAAAUAUAUUUUGCCAUCAGUUGCAUCUGCAAUACUUGUGGCAACACUCAUAUUUGUGUUGGUAAGAUGCAGAAGAGGCAGUAAGCAAUUACCAAGUCAAGUAGAAUCGGUGGCUGUUGUCUGGAGAAGAAUCUCGUAUCAAGAACUUGUGGAGGCAACGGAUGCAUUUAGUGAAAGCAACCUACUUGGCAGAGGGAGUUUCGGGACUGUGUAUAAAGGAACGCUUUCGGAUGGGAUCACUGUUGCAGUCAAGGUUUUCAAUUUACAAGCAGAAGGAGCAUUCAAGAGUUUCAAUGCUGAAUGUGAAGUCCUGUGCAAUAUCCGUCACAGAAAUCUCCUCAAAAUCAUUAGCAGCUGCAGUAGUAUGGAUUUCAAAGCCCUGGUGCUGGAGUACAUGCCAAAUGAGAGCCUCGAAAAGUGGUUGUACUCUCACAACUAUUUCCUGGAUGUCCUGCAAAGGCUAAACAUAAUGAUAGAUGUUGCAUUCGCUGUGGAAUAUCUUCAUCACGGCCUUGCAACGCCUAUUGUUCACUGCGAUCUGAAGCCCAGCAAUGUCCUUCUAGAUGCAGAUAUGGUUGCACGUGUUGGUGAUUUUGGUAUUGCCAAACUCUUUGGUGAAGGGGAGUAUAUAGAACAAACCAAGACCCUCGCCACGAUUGGGUACAUGGCACCAGAGUAUGGAAUGGAAGGAAUAGUCUCUACCGGAGGCGAUGUCUACAGUUACGGUGUUCUUUUAAUGGAAGUGUUUACAAGAAAGAAGCCAACAAACGAGAUGUUUUCAGGAGAAAUGAACUUGAAAAGUUGGGUCAGUCAGUUAUUGUGUUCUGGUUCAUUGCUUUCAGCUGUGGACUCCAAUUUGAUCCGAAACGAAGACGAAAAUUUCGCUGCAAAGGAGCAAUGUGUGUUGUCAGUCUUGCAUUUGGCCCUGGAUUGUUCGAAAGAUCAGCCCAGAGAGAGGAUCGACAUGAAAGAUGCUGUGGCUAGACUCGAGAAAGUUAGAACUGUGUUUCUAGCAAAAGUUGGCGGGGGCUUGAAAGACGAAGCUAUCUGAGGCUAACGGGUACCAAGAUUCGAGGUGCACCUGAGCUGGCCUAAACACUUGACUUACAAGGAAAAAGAGAUUCAAGUUGGCAUAAGCUAUUUGUUUGUUCACGUUUUGAUAUAAUAGAGGCAUCUGGUAUAGCGGAUCCCUAGGCUAACCGGGGAUAUGAUGUGGUGGUUGAUCUUUUUCUGAUUUCGCCUCUCUCCCGUUAGUAAUUUCUUC